GAUAAUUUUGAAUAUCAUAAACAUUUUUGUUUCGCAGACGCCAAAUAUGGCGGAUACAGAUACUAAAAAAGAUGCUGCCCGCACAAAUGAGCGAGGCAUUCCAUAUGCACCAUUCGUGGAUCGAGUUGAGGAUUAUGUUACUACGAGAGCAGAUGUCGAACCAACGUUGAAGAGAUUCCAGGAGAUGAUUUCGUAGGUUGGAGCUCUAUUUCUGGAUAUCUUAUAUACAUAUGGAGGAGUGUUUGCUUUGGGGACUUGGACUUGGGAAAUUGAGGGAUCGGGGCAUGGGAUGAUUCGAGAAAUCAGAAGCUCAUAUUUUCGAAUUUUCUAGGAAAUAUCAGUUUAUGGAGGUAAACCAACAAAAGAGAGUCGCGGGGUUGAAAAUCAAUAUGCCGGAUAUUCAGAAGACGCUGGAUACUGUGAGGUUUCUGAAGACGAGAAAGGAGGGUGCAGAUCCUAUACAGGCUACGUUUGAGUUGAAUGACACUUUAUAUGCCAAAGCCAACAUUCCAGCUACGGAGGAGGUUUAUUUAUGGUUAGGGGCAAACGUUAUGUUAGCGUACCCAAUUGAUGAGGCAGAGGAAUUACUUUCGAACAGACUCGCGGCUGCGAAACAAAGCUUCGCGAAUUGUGAGGAGGAUCUGGAUUUCUUGAGAGAACAGAUUACGACUAUGGAGGUUGCUACAGCUAGGGUAUACAAUUGGGAUGUUACGAUGAAGAGAAAAGAGAAGAAUGAAUCGGAGGCUGCGGAGGAAAAGGAUGGGAAGGCAGGUAGUUCUAAUGGUUGAUAGAGUGUUUGGAGGAGAAAUAAUGAAACAUAAAGUUCUGGGAUGUUGAUGGGAGCUUUCUUCUGAUAUGAUGAUGAUGAUGCCGAUGAUAUUCAGGAGAACUCAAACCAAACUAUCUCUGGUUCAAAUACAAGGAAAAGAAAAACAAGAUCCUCGAGAUCUGAUGCCGAGAAGUGAAAGUCUUGAUAUCCUAUUGGUGUGUUGAUAUUUGUUCAAUAUAGAUCAUACCCAAGUUUUCUGGCACCGGAUAGAAACUUUGGUACAAUAGAUUCAAGUACAAUCCUCACGUAAUUUACCUACUCUUCUGGAAAUACA